AAUGUUUUGUAUAAUAAUAAUAGACUUUUAAUUGCAAACAAUAAUCGACUAAUUGUUAACUCGUUGUCUGUUUUAAGACUAAAAACUACUCAAAUCUUUAGUUUAGUUAAGACAUCGCCGCCGAAGAGAUUCAUUAAAUCAUUGCCAAAGAUAUCGUUGUUUGACUACAAGUGGUCGCAAAGUUUUAGCACUACUUGUAGUCUGAAUCGAGAGGAUAAACAAAAGAUGCCUCCGAUUAGUGGUUCCCAAGACAUCAGACAAUAUUUAGAAGAUUUGAUUCAAAGUAAUAAAGUGUUGCUCUUUAGUACCACUACUUGUCCUUUCUGUGCAAAGGUGAAGGCAUUGUUUGAGUCUUUGAAUAUAAAGCCAUUUGUCAUUGAGUUGAAUGUCGUGGACAACGGCACUGAAUUAAGACAAGCGUUGAGCGCCAAAGUUGGUCGCACUUCAGUACCGCAGGUGUUCAUCAAUGGACAGCAUAUUGGCGGCUGUGAUGACACACAUAAGGCCAGAGAUGACGGCGUUUUAUCUCAAUUAUUGAAAAACCAUAACUAUGACUACGAUCUGAUUGUUAUCGGCGGCGGUUCGGGUGGUUUGGCGGCCUCUAAGGAGGCGAUAAAGUACGGCAAGAAAGUGGCGGUUAUGGACUAUAUUGUUCCCACACCUCUCGGCACUACUUGGGGUUUGGGGGGAACGUGUCUUAAUGUUGGAUGUAUACCUAAGAAAUUGAUGCAUACGGCGGCACUUAUUGGACAAACAUUGAAGGAUGGGAUCAAUUUUGGUUGGGAUAUACCAGAAAAUGUGAACCACAAUUGGGAUCGAAUGAAGGAUGAGAUUCAGAAUUAUAUUCGUUCUUCAAAUUUCAAAAAUAGAGUCGAUUUAAGACAAAAAUCAGUCGAUUAUAUCAAUUCUUACGCGUCGUUUGUUGAUCCGCACAAAAUUAAGUGUAUUGACAAGAAAGGGAACGAAACAUUUCUGACGGCCGAUAAGUUUAUUAUAGCCACUGGAGAGCGACCUCGAUAUCCAACCGAUUGUGUCGGCGCUAAUAAGUAUAGCAUCACUUCUGAUGAUUUGUUUUCAUUGCCAUACAAUCCGGGAAAGACCUUAGUUGUUGGCGCCUCUUAUGUUGCCCUCGAAUGCGCCGGUUUUAUGCGUGGCAUUGGUUUGGAUGUCACUGUUAUGGUUCGGUCAAUUUUAUUGAGAGGUUUUGAUCAAGAAAUGGCCGAAAAAGUCGGUGAUUAUAUGGGUAUAGAAGGUAUAAAAUUUUUGCGCCCAUUUAUUCCAACAAGUAUUGAACAAAUAGAAGCGGGAACUCCAGGAAGACUACGGGUGACCGCCAAGAGGACUGACACUAAUGAAGAGAUUGUUGAUGAAUACAAUACUGUAUUGUUUGCAAUCGGUCGCGACCCGUGUACUGACAAAAUUGGUCUCGAAAAUACUGGUGUUGUUAAAGAGAAAAAUGGAAAAAUUAAAACAAUUUCUGAAAAGACAAACAUUGAUCACAUUUAUGCCGUCGGAGAUAUUUUGUAUGGAAAACUAGAGUUAACUCCAGUGGCCAUUGAAGCGGGCGUUUUAUUGGCUCGUCGUAUGUUUGGCAACAGUACUGUUGAAUGCGAUUAUGUGAACGUACCGACCACUGUAUUCACACCACUUGAAUAUGGAAGUUGUGGCUAUUCAGAGGAACUGGCAAUUCAAGAGUUUGGUGAAGACAACAUUGAUGUUUACAUUCAAAAUCAUUGGCCUCUUGAGUGGCGAGUCGCGCACCGACCAGAAAAUUCCUGUUUUGCUAAACUUAUUGUUUUAAGAUCAGAAAAUGAGCGUAUUUUAGGAUUUCAUUAUUUAGGACCAAAUGCCGGUGAAGUGACUCAAUUGGUAGGACUACCGCUUAAGAUGAAGGCUACCAAAGCUGAUUUGGAUGCACUUAUUGGUAUACAUCCGACUUGUGCUGAAGUAUUUACUACUCUUGUUGUGACAAAGAGAAGUGGAUUGUCUGCUGACACCAAAGGUUGCUGAGGUUAAAGAAAGACUGUUAUGUUUGUAUUGAAAACUUGAUAGCAUUUUCAAAAAAAAAUGUUUAAAAGUUUUACAAUACAGUAUAGCAGUCAUUUGAUAAUAACAUGAUUGAUGUCUUUUCAAUUUAAUUAAAUGACGAUUUGGUUGAUAAAUCUCAAAACAGAGGCUGAACUAAAUCUGAGGACUAAAAUUGAUUUAUUGACUCAAUUAGUUAUUAUUAUUAUUAUUAUUAGCGGUAAUUGUUUCGAUAUUUAAAAACCAUUAUUUGAUAA